GCCAAUUUCUAGUAAACCCUCUAAAACCCUAGCCCGCUCGCCCAGUCCCAAAACCCCCAAACCCAACUCUCCCAGAAAAUCAACGCCUCAAUUGCAGAAAUCAAAAGAAUUUCAAUCCCAAUAUGCAGCACGACGAGAUCAUAUGGCAGGUCAUCCGCCACAACCACUGCAGCUUCAUGUCCAAAAUUGAAACCGGAAUAUUCUGCAGAAACCCUUAUAACGUUACCGGGGUUUGUAACCGGAGCUCUUGCCCUCUCGCCAACAGUCGCUACGCCACCAUUCGCGACCACGAUUGGGACUUCUAUCUUUAUAUGAAAACUAUAGAAAGAGCUCAUAUGCCAAACAACUUGUGGGAAAGAGUUAAGCUGUUGAGGAAUUAUGACAAAGCACUCGAAGUCAUUGACAAAUAUCUGAUGUAUUGGCAUAAGUUUCUUGUACAUAAAACAAAGCAACGGCUCACUAAAAUGACUCAGAUGCGGAUACGCAUGAGGAAACUUGCUUUGAAAACAAGGGAGAAAAGAAUGACAACACCGAGGAAGGAAAUAAAAAGAGAAGCUAGAAGAGAGGAGAAGGCUGAAAAGGCUGCAGUCUUGGAUAAGAGCAUUGAGAAAGAACUAUUAGAAUGCCUUAACAACGGAGUUUAUGGAGAGAUAUAUAAUUACCCUUUUGAAAAAUACCAAAAGGUCCUUGAAGAGGAAGAUCAGAAUACUGAAAUAGAAGAAGAAGAAGAAGAAGAAGAAGAAGAAGAAGAACUAUCAGUCUUAUUAUUGCCUUACUUUAGGAUGAGCAAAUAACUCCCUUCUUGAAGGUGAGAUAGAAUAUGUUGCUGAUGAUCAGUUUGAAGAGGAGGAGGAGAUAUUGAAGAUAUGGGUGCUCUAGCACUGAAUCAUUCACAUGCAGAUGAUGAUAAUGCUGGAAUGGAUGAAGAGCCAGAAGUAGGUACUGGCAAUAGAGGGAGAAAGUCUCGAAAGUUUGAGAAACAUGGAGUUGUCACCAAAUCGAAGAAACCCAGGGUACAUGUUGAGGUAAUGGCCAGUUGUUCUUAAAUUCUUCUAGCCUGCUACCUUGUCAAUAUU